CUCUGGAUAAAAAACACUUCUGUCGACAAUAAAGUUGUAGAUUCUGCAGUUCAGAAUGAAGAUCUUGGUUGUUCUGGUCCUCCUGGGUCUACACAGCGCAGCAGCAGUGAUUCACUCUAUGAACAAUAUCUACACUGCGUCCUCUCAAGUCCCAAACUUCCCAGAGUUUGUGGUUGUUGGAAUGGUUGAUGAUGUUCAGACUGAUCACUAUGACAGCAACACCAGGAGACUAGAACCCACUCUGAACUGGGUAAAGAGAUUCGAAGAAGAUGAUCCACAGUUCUGGGAGAGGAACACUGAGAUCCUUAGGGGUAUCCAGCAGCUCUUCACAGCCGACAUUGAAACUGUAAAGCAUCGUUUCAACCAAACUGGAGGUGCCCAUGUUCUCCAGGUGAUGUACGGCUGUGAAUGGGACGAUGAGACUGGAGAGAUUAAUGGAUUCACUCAGAUUGGUUAUGAUGGAGAAGACUUCAUAGUAUUUGACCUGAAGACAGAGACAUGGAUCGCUCCAAAACAACAAGCUGUCAUCACCAAACAGAAGUGGGAGAGGGCUGGUGAAGGAGAACGCUGGAAGAACUACUUCAACCAGAGGUGCCUUGACGGCCUGAAGAAGUAUGUGAACUAUGGGAGGAGCUCUCUGAUGAGAACAGGUAGAAUCACAUGACCUGAUGUAGUUUCA